AUGUUUAGAGUAGCUGUUGUAGGUGCUAAUGGGAACAUUGGUCGUCGUUUAAUUAAUAUUAUCAAGUCUGAUUCGAGAUUUGGUAAACCAUUGGCAAUAGUUAGAACUGAAGAACAAGCAACCUAUUUCAGAAAUGAUAUAGGAAUUGAUGCUUCUGUAACAAGUAUUGAAGCAGCCACUCCAAGAGAAAUCGCAUUUGCUAUAGAAGGUUACGAUGCUGUUGUAUUUACCGCUGGUGCAGGUGGUUCUGGUUUAGAUAAACUAAUUAACGUAGAUUUAGAUGGUUGUAUCAAAAGUGCUGAAGCCUGUGAACUAGUGGGUAUUAAAAGAUUCGUUUUGGUAUCCGCUAUAAAAGCUGAUGAUCGUGAUUUCUGGUGGAAUAUCGAUUCAUUACGUGAUUACUAUAUUGCAAAGAGAGCUGCUGAUUGCUUCAUAAGAACUACAAAUCUUGAUUACACCAUAUUACAACCAGGUUGGUUAAAUAAUAACACUGGUACAGGUAAAUAUUUACCUGUGAAUAAAUUAGAUGAAUCAACAGAUGCCUCAUUUCCAAUUUCAAGAGAAGAUGUUGCUAAUUUUAUAAGCAAAUGUCUAGCAUCUCCAGAGAACACUAUAAGGAAAACAAUCCCCUUAACCAAUGGUGAAGCAACAUACGAACAAUUUGUAAGAACUUUAUAA